GCAGUGUGCAGAUGUGUCGCAGAUUUUGUAAAGUCACUGGAAACGCAGAAACAUCCAACAAGAGGAGGUCGCCCCGUAUUAAAACGCUUUCCAAACUCUGUCGAAGGGCUGAUACGAAGAGAAAACCACGAAAAGUGCGGUGUCAUUCUUUGUUUUCUGGCGUAGUUUAUAACUGGGAAUAGACCACCUCACUUUACUUCCCGCGGUUCAAGCUACGGUCAGUCAGAAAUGGAGCUGUCCGCGAUAGGAGAGCAGGUGUUCGCGGUGGAGUCGAUUUUGAAGAAAAGAGUUAGAAAGGGGAAUGUGGAGUAUCUGCUCAAAUGGAAGGGAUGGCCUCCAAAAUACAGCACGUGGGAGCCAGAGGAACACAUCCUGGACCAAAGACUGGUGCAGGCCUUUAACGACAAAGAAGAAGGGGACAGGAGUUUGGGUCACAGACGAAAAGGACCCAAGUCCAAAAAACAUCUCCAGAAAACAUUUUACAGGAUGGACCUGCGCAGUGCCCACAGGUGUCCAGAGAAGCCUGCUCCACGUCUGCACCUGUCUCGAUCCAUCCAUCACAGAACACAAGGGGAAGGCUGCAGCUCAGAGCCCCCCAGUCCUGCCCUGCACUGGGGUCAGGAGGAGGAAGAGGACACUACAGGGGAUAAAGAGGAGGGGUCAGAGGGCGGACACAUCAACAGACAGAAGAGCAGACCCUCCAAGAACCUCUCUUUACCCCCCGAUGUGUGCAGUAUACCAGGGGAGCAGAGCCACACAUGGAGCCCCGCAAUGUCAUGUGCAGAGGUGACAGUCACAGACAUCACCAUAAACUCUCACACAGUCACGUUUACAGAGAGCACAGAGGCUCAGGGCUUCUUCAGGGACUGGGGAGUGGCUGCCUGAGGAAUGAAACACACACAAACACAGUGUACACACAUUCACAGCAUUAUUCCGGUUAUCAGGUGGUGUCCAGAGACUCCCAGACCAGUGGCACUUUUACAUGCAGACACUUGAUUUUAAUAAAAGAAAUAUAUAAAAACAUAAAAAUUCAAUCUACUAGCUAACUAGUUUCAGUGCUUUGGGAAAUAAAAGUGACAGUAACACUUUAUAAUAAGUACAAUUAUUCAUGCCUUAAAAUAGCAUGAACAAGAUUGAUUCAGGCUGAUAAACUACUUAAUUAAUACACUAACCCCUAAUUAAGUGGUUACUGAGCCUGAAUAAUUCUUAAUAUUACUGGUUCAUGAAUUAAGUUUUUGUUCAUGUUUUAUUAAGGCUAAUUAAUGUGUAGUUAUUAUAUAGUUGUACCAAAGCGGUUUAUUUACAUAAAAUCUGAGAAAAAAAAUAGAUGAUUUUGCUUUUUACACUUCAAUUUAAUAAUCUGAUUUAGAGUGUGCAUGUAACCUCAGCCACUAAAGUAUGUAGCAGUUCUAGACUGUUAAUGUAUAACUGUGGCAUAGUGUAUCAAAUCUGAUCCAAGAUUUAACUGGCUGCAUGUUCUCCUUCUCUGCAAUGUCUGUUGUCUUCUCUGGUGUUAGCCACUGAACAUACAAAGGAAAUGGUUAACUUUAAGUUAAAGCAAUGUAGAUUAUAAUAUAUUUUGUAUUUUUUUAAAGGUUUGCACAUUUUGAAAUGGCCACAAAUUUGUUUGGAGCACAAAGACUUGAGGGUGAGUGAGACCAUUUCUUGGCCCCAAGUAAAGACAUUUUAUUUGGUAUUUAGAGCUAAGAGGACUGAACUUGAGAACCUUGUCAAGUUUUAGAUAGUGUUAAUGUCUAAUAAGUUUUAUGAAUUCCAAUAUGAAUUCCGUGGUCGCUCACCAAGGUUUUUAUUGAAAGUGCCUGGAGAAUGUUUUGUUGCCAAUUUUGUGUGAAACAUUGAAUAUUUUGAUACUGGAUUAAGGAAAGAUCCAGGUGACAUAGAAACUUGUACUUCUGAAGGUCUUUUUUACCUUGACUUGAAUGUAACUUAUCUGCUGAAGAGUUGCUUGUUUACUUGUGGCCUAUCACACGUGGAGCUUCCAUCCACUACUAAGCAGAAUGCACUUUGUGAUUGUAUUGACGCACAUUACCUGCUUCAGUGAAUGGAAGUUUUACUACAUGUACAAUAUUUAUACAACCAUUUUAAACAAUAAAUGUUGCAUUGAUUAUACA